CAGGACGAAGAAACAAAUCCCGGGGACUCCCCUCGACGCACGGUGCACCAAUGUAUUUGAGUCUCUUCCACGUCCCCCCCUCCUAUCCUCUCGUUUCCCUUUUAUUUCUUUUCCUUUUCUUCCCUGAUAUCCCUCUUAUAUCCUACUUACUUGUCGCUCUUUUCACGGAUCUGGUGAGCCGAUCGAACGGAAAUUCAGUCGAAAAACGCGCCGGUCACUUCUAGCACCGCUCCGAUUGUUCUGCCACCCCGCCAACGGCAGCCAUGGGUGAAGUUAUUCCACCGCCAACUGCGGAUUACUGCUGGGAAGGACGGCUGGGGACUACGAUCAUUCUUCUAUGCAUCCUUUACGUCUUCAUGAGUUUGAGGGUCAAGGCCGUCUAUGGAUUCGCGUAUUCGAAAAUUUCGCCUCGAGGCAUCUCGGGAGCCUUUGUAAUGCUUGCUACGGUUUUAUGCACGAUAUAUACGUGUAUGGUUAUUUGGAACUAUACGGUGUGGUAUAGAAUCCGGGGUCUUUACGAGCACAGUGUAAUGGUGGAGGAUGAAGAAACUGCCGAUCAAUUGUUGGUGAUAUUGAGGAGCGUGAUCCCGGAGAACAGAAAGGAGGUCUGCUUUACGAUGCGGAUGAUGCUCGUCACCGUCCUCUGGCUGGUCAAGGGAUCAUUCGUUAUGCCCUAUUACGAGUUCGCCCAGCAACUUCCUCAGCGCACAAAGUUCCUUCUUUACACCAUCACCGCCAUCCUGCUCGCUUCCUACAUCGGGCUGUGGAUCGCUACAGCUGUGGAGAUGGAAAUGUCGUUGGCAUUCGAGGGAUUUAGCCCAUCGGCCGGAGCCAGGGUCGUGCUCUUCACUCCUCCAAACACUUGGAGUACGUGGGCCGUCUCCGAUGAGGAGCUGACGGGGAAACAUGCUCAAGUGCCUUCAUUUCUCGCCAUCGAAUGUAUGAUUACUUCGCUCAACGCGGCUACCGAUGUUCUCCUAUUGAUCCUUAUCGUUUGCAUUUUCCGGCAUCUCAACCUCGCCGGCGGCAAGAACCACUACCGCGCCGCGUCUAUGCUCAUUGCUCUGUCAACUCUCUCGAUCGUCAUCGCCGUCGCUCGUCUGAUCAUCAUGCUCACGGGGAUGCAACGCAUCAGCUUCCGCCUGGCCUUUGAUUCCCUUACCGAAUACGAAGCCUUCAUCGCCGUCUGUGCCGCGUGCAUCCCCGCCAUGCGGGUUCUCGCCCGAGGUGGAGGAAGCAAGCUGAUCGUUGGAUUCCCCGACAACUGGGGCGCUUUCGGAAGCCGGCUCAGCAGGAGCAUGAAAUCCGAAGCUUGCUAUGCUUCGGCGCAGGCCGACCUGGAGGGCUUUAGAUCGCCGCCGCCGCCAAUGCCCGAAAUCAAGAACUCGCAAGUGGUGGUGGCGCAGCCGGUCUCAACAGCGUGUCAUGGUGUCGGUAUGCCGAUGGGAUGGUCGGACGUGGGCAUGGAUAAGCUCCGCGCUUAGAUGGGAUGAGAGGUUCUGUGUGUGUUCAUCUUCUUGGGUGGUUACUUUAGUCUUUCGGUCGAAUCCGGAUUCUCGGACUGCCUUCUUU